AUGAGCACCCCCUCUCACACCGCCCAUGAUGUCGAAAAGUCCAGGCCGCAGACGACGGGUUUGCCCGUACGCGACGACGCUGAUUUGAAAGAAGCUCUUAGUGGCGGGGGAAAGGCAGUGCCGUCGUCUUCGUCGGACGACGACCGGCCGGACGUGGUGGCGCUGGGCACGGACCCGGGCACAGGGCACGGGACCGAGUCCGAGGCCGGCGGCAUCGUGGGCCGGGUGCUCAGCCGGGCUACGUCUAGGUCCAGUGUAACACCGAGUCCGCCUCCAGACGGGGGUGUCACCGCGUGGAUGGCCAUUUUCAGCGCCCAUCUGGUUAUUAUGAAUACCUGGGGCAUCGUCAACUCCUUUGGCGUCUUCCAAUCCUACUACACAACCCUCCUCUCUCGCCCACCCUCCGACAUAGCCUGGAUCGGCUCCUUCGAGGUCUUCCUCCUCUUCUUCAUCAGCACCUUCAGCGGCCGCCUCACCGACGCAGGCUACUUUCGCCACCUCUUCAUCGCCGGCUUCCUCCUCGUCUUCCUCGGCAUGCUCGCCACCUCCUUCUGCUCGCAGUACUGGCAGUUCUUCCUCGCCCAGGGCAUCUGCCUGGGCAUCGGCAACGGCCUGCUCUUCUGCCCGACGCUGUCGACGGCGUCCACCUACUUUGACAAGAAGAGGGCCCUCGCGCUGGGGUUCGUGUCCAUCGGGAGCUCUACGGGCGGUUUGAUUUACCCCAGCAUGGUGCGCCAGCUGCUUCCGACUAUCGGGUUCGGCUGGACAAUCCGCGCUAUUGCGUUUGUGCAGGCGGGCACGCUUGUGAUCGGUUUCAUCUUCCUCAAGCCCAGAGUCAAGCCUAGGAAAGCGGGGAGCAUCGUCGAAUGGGCUGCUUUCAAGGAGUUGGAGUACACAUUUUACGCCAUUGGUUCAUUUCUGAACUAUCUGGGCGUAUUCUUCGCCUUUUACUACUUGUCCUCCUACACCCGCGACAUCAUCGGGCUUAGCUACAACUCAUCCCUCAAUCUGCUCCUCGUCCUCAACGGCGUCGGCAUCCCAGGCCGUAUCCUCCCAGGCUACAUUGCCGACCGCGUCGGCUCAAUCAACACCAUCAUCCCCAUGUCCCUCUUCUCAGGCAUCCUAAUGUACUGCUGGGUCGCCGUCUCGUCGACGGCAGGACUCUACGCCUGGACGCCCUUUUACGGCCUCACCGCCAACGCCAUCCAGAGCUUGUUCCCCUCGGCGUUGAGCCAGCUGACGAGCGAUCCGCGGAAGCAGGGUACACGGAUGGGAAUGACGUUUACCAUUGUCAGUUUUGCCGUGCUGACUGGGCCUCCGAUCGCCGGGGCUAUCAUUUCGGUUGAGGGGGGGAGCUAUGUCGGAGCCCAGGUGUAUGCGGGAUCUUGUUUGCUGACCGGCAUGUGUUUUUGGGUGGCGGCGAAGAUGGUGAAGACAAGGAAGGCCGGCAAGGGACUCCAAUUGUGGGCGAAGGUGUGA